GCAUAUAACCAUUACUGCAACCCAAAGUAAGAGUAAAUCAGAGACCAGAAAAAAACACUCUCAGAGAGAGAGAGAGAGAUGGGAACCCUUUCUCCUCUUGCAGAAGAGCCCAUAAGCGAAGAAGAAGGCAUCUCAGCAGAGAAAGGAAGCACCUUUCGAAGCUGGCUGAAGAAUCUUCAGCUCUUCCACCGCAAACCAAACCUCAAAGUUCUCCUCAGUGUCAUGGCCUGCCCUCUCUCUCCUGUUUCCAUCUUACCAAAACAAUCACUUGGAGUGGCCUCCUCAGCAGAGUACAUAAUACGGCAGUUUCGCGCGACGUCGGGGUGUAGCAAGAUGGAGACAAAUCCGACGAAAAGCAUGUAUGUCGCCGGCCGUGUGGCGGUGGCUGGAAAACAUGGCGCGACCUCCGCCACCUCCUUUUCCAGCCAACAAGGCUCCUUUGUGAUGUGGCAGAUGUCGCCAACCAAGUGGCUCCUCAACCUUAGGGUUGCCGGCCUCCACGUGUCUGCUGGAAGUGACGGCCAUGUGGCAUGGCGCCGCACGCCAUGGCUCCCCGCGCAUGCCGCAAAAGGAGGCGUGCGGCCUCUCCGGAGAGCACUGCAGGUGGGGCCUGGAUGGACACAAUAUUUAUCUUGUAGAGUUACAUGGGGUGUUGAUGCUGGGUAUGGAGAGACAUUUGAGGGACAGGUGCGGAUAAUACACACUGCGAAUGAGAUGCGAAUUGCCUGCGUAUAUUGCUAUAUUUUUCGUGUGUGCUAUGAUUUUUCUCGUAGAAGAACUCUGCAAAUACAUAGCUGA